AUGACGCUUCGCCGGGCGGUUGCUGCGGCUCUGCUGGCUUGUGGGCUGGCUGACGAAGUGCACGUGCCGUUGGUUCGCAAGCCCAGGACGGCUGCGGGGAUUCGAAGCCUUCGUCGGCACUGGCAGCAACUGCGAACCGAGAGCGAAGGGAAUGUGCUGCCAUACGUCCAGAUCAAGGACUACCAGGACUCGGAAUACUAUGGACCUGUGUCCAUUGGAACGCCCGGGCAGCAGUUCACGGUGAUUUACGACACUGGCUCCUCAAACCUCUGGGUGCCGAGUGCGAAGUGCAUUUCAAAAUCCUGCAGCACGCACAACCGCUAUGACGCUAGCAAGUCCAGCACGUACCAGCCAGACGGGCGCAAGUUGAUCUUGCCUUAUGGGUCGGGAGUGUGCGCCGGGACCUUGAUCGCCGACAACGUGAAUGUGGGCGGCAUUGAUUUGAGCAAUGCCACCGUGGGUUCAAUCGUACUGGAGCCGGGGCAGAUCUGGGUGGAGAGCCCUUUCGAUGGAAUCCUUGGCCUCGCCUAUCCGCAGAUUGCCAUGCCAGCAGAUCCCAACAACCCAGUGCUCCCGCCCUUCGAUGUGAUGAUGAAGAACAAGCUGGUCAAGCAGGGGAUGUUCUCCUUCUUCCUGUCCACCUGCAGGCCUCCUAGCAGCCACGGCGGAUCCGAGAGCUGCGACGGCUCCAAGCUGACCCUGGGUGGCUACGACAAGUCGCUCUUUAGUGGCGAGAUCACGUGGGUGCCAAACACUUUCUACCAGAAGAUGUUGGGCUACUGGCUCGUGAAGGCAGACAACUUCGCAGUGAAGGGAGAAUCGCUUGCAUGCAGUACUCCCAUCAUCGGCUGCCCAAUGGUCGUUGACACUGGCACCUCUGUGAUUGCAGUGCCUCCCCUGCAGUUCAUCAAGAUCAACCAGACGAUCGGCCACCUUGCAAGCGACUGCUCGAAUGUGAAGUCCCUCCCGACGCUGACCUUCACUCUGGCGGGCAAGGACUUCAGCCUGGAGCCAGACUUCUACGUGCUGCGGGGUGCAGAUGACAACGGUGCAGACGAGUGCGAGCUUGGCAUUCAAGGCGUCUCUGCCGGUGUCCCCGGCCUGUGGAUUUUGGGUGACCCAUUCCUCCGCAAGUACUACAGCAUCUUCGACCGGGAUGCGAGCAGAGUCGGCUUUGCCACUGCAAAGCAUGCGGAGCUGCAGGGUGUCAGCAAGGCCUCGCUGGCGAUGGAGGAGGAGGACUGCAACUGCUGGGUGUGCAAUCGCUGGCGCGAGACAAGGCUCAGCUACGUGCCGGGCAUUUCUGGGCCUGACGUUUCGGAUGUUUGGGUGUUUACCUCGAUCGACGGCUUCACCACGCCGCUCAAGCUUCAACGCAUGGGCGAGGAGUUCGUGACCUACGUCAUGGCUGCCCCGGGGCCCCUCCGCUGUGUCUUCCAAGCCGGGACAUCGCUUCUUUGCUCGCGAACGGCGCCAGAGGUGGACCUUCGGGAGAUGGUUGCUGCCAUGAAGGGUGGACUGGGCGUUUACUCCUCCACCAGUAUUUCGCCUGUGCUGGGCAAGGAUGGUCCGGCACUUCGUCUCAGGCGCGCGCGUCUGCCGGGUGAGGAAGACGAUGAAGCGACUUCGCCGGCUGCCGAUUCUGCUCCUCUCGAUGUGGAUGUAGACACCUUCAGCACGAUCAUGGUGGUGGCGCGACCCGCAGACGAGCCAGUGUGCACGGUCUACAUUCCUCGGCUGCCGGGCGAGCUCACGUCCAGCACCGGCCCACGCCAGGCAUGGAACAUCGAGAAUUCACUCUUCGCCCCGCACUUCGAGCCCCUGACCUCCAAGCAGUUCUGCGAAAGGUGUUUGGAUGCCGACUGGCACUUGUCGAAAAUCUGGCGCCUCGUGCCGGACGAGGUGGAGCGAGCAGGUAUUCGGGAUCUUCUACGGAGCAAGUACGCAGAGAUGAAGGUGCUCUACAGCUCCUUGUGCUCGGUGGACUGGAGUGUGCUUCAUGGCAAGGAGCCGAAGCGACUUGCUUUUGGUAUCGGCCCCUUCGAGUUCACUCACAUGCUCGUGCAGCACAACUUGAUCGGGCAGGACCUCUCCCUGAAGGAGGCAGAUGCACUGUUCAUCGCCUCCGCCCUACCUCCCAAGGACACGAAAAAGAUGCUCGAGGAGUUCUGCACGGAGGGCCGAAUCGUCCAGAGACAUGGCUUCUUCGAGCUCCUCGUCAGAUUGGCCAUUUGCUUCGCCCGCGGGAACGAGUCUCGAGGGACAUCGAAGGAAAAGACUGACCAAGUUCGCCGAGCUCUCUACUACCUCAUGACGAAGCAUCUCUUGUACCCCUACGCCCCUAUGAAGAACAACUUCCGGUGCUUGCAGUGGAGGGAAACCGUUCUGCACUCCGAGCAGGUGGAGGGAAUUUACCGAAAGCACAUGAAGGCAGUCAUCGAUCCGCUGUUCUCGGCCUUCGCCUCGCCGAAGAAACGCCUCAGCACAGAGGACUGGUUUCGCAUGCUCGACUGCAUGGAGGUGAUGCCUUGCACACCAUCAGCUGAAAAUGCCCAGAUGAACGCCUGGGACAGGGCAUGGGCAUGGCAGAGCGCCUCCAUCACGCAGAUGGACGAACUCACGAGCACCCGCUCCUUGGAGCUGGUCUUCGUGGAGUUUCUCGAGGCACUUGCUCGUGUGGUGGGACUUCUCAGAUCCCGACAGAGAGUGGUGGAGGGCCAAAGCCAAGAUGAGAAUGAGGAGCCGUGGGACUAUGGCCUGGGGGCGGCCUCGCCUCCCAGCAUCUUCUGCUUGGACCAGGGCAUCAUGGAUCCUAACACCUUCGCAAAGCACCUCGAGACCUUCCUCUGCGGACCAAAAGUGAAGCAGGCGCUGCCCAAGUGA